AUGGGUCGUAUUAAUUUUGGUCCGAUGCUCGAUCACAGUCGAAAGGGUUUUCUUGAUAAAGUUCUAAUUGAUGGUAAGAUCGAAAUUAAAGAGUGGAUCGUACAUGUUUUGGAAUUUCGCCAAGGUACAUCGAAUAUAAACGGUUGGAAAUCAAUGCAGACUACGCCUGAUGCGAAGAAUAUUCUUCACGAUGGUCCUCGUCUCUUUUUUGCUACAUUUCCAAUCGACAAUCAACAAUUGAUCGGCGAUACUUACCUAAAUUUGGAUUUCAAUUGGUCGAAAGGUGUAGCAUUUUGCAAUGGUUUCAAUUUGGGCCGUUACUGGAAUGUUGGUCCACAACGGACACUCUACAUACCGGCUCAAUUACUUGUUAAAGGUGUCAAUCAAAUUCAAAUCUUCGAAUUGUAUACCUGUGGUAGCAAUCUCACUCUAGUUGAUACACCUUUGCUCAAUCAGGGAUAA